AUGCUCGCGCGUCGUCGCCGCUUCGCCGCGCCGCCGCGUUCACGGCGUUGGUCGCCGGGCGAUACGCGCAUCGGGCGGUGGUACGCUGGGGGAAUGCUUUGCGACGACGACGAGAGGCUCGGCGCGAGUCGGACGCGUGGCGUGGCGGCCGACGGCGUUCCAGCUGCUCGGGUUCACGAAAGCGCCGACGUGGUGGCGUGCAUAAAGGAGGCGAACGUGGUGGGCAUGGGCGCGACCGGGGUGGUGUACAGGGCGGAGCUCCUCCGCGCCGUGAUAGCUGUGAAGAAGUUGUGGCCGCCGGCGCCGUUUGACGGCGACGACGCGGCGUCGGCGAGCGAGGUGACCUCGGACGUGCUCAAGGAGGUGGCACUCUGGGCGGCUCGCUCACCGGAACAUCGUCGGUUGCUGGAGUACGGGUACACGCUCAAGGUGGACCAGAAGAGCAACAUCUACAGCUACGGCGUGGUGCUGAUGGAGCUCAUCACGGGGCGGCGCGCGGUGGAGGCGGAGUUCGGCGAGGGGCAGGACAUCGUGGGGUGGGUGCGGGACAAGAUCCGGAGCAACACGGUGGAGGAGCACCUGGACCCGCACGUCGGCGGCGGUCUUGCGCGCGUCCGGAGAGGAGAUGCUUGCUGGGCGCCGUGGGACCGGCCGUCCAUGCGCGACGUCAUCACCAUGCUCGGCGAGGCCAAGCCGCGGCGCAAGAGCGGGAGCAGCGGCACCGCCAGCGGCAAGGACAAGGACAGCGCCGCCGCCAUCGCCCCUGCCGUGGUGGUGGACAAGGACAGGCCGGUGUUCAGCACCACGCCGGAUUCAGGCUACGCCUAG